GCUGAAGCACUGAGAAUGAAGAAAAAACUAGAAACAGAUGUUGGAGAUUUGGGAAUGGCCCUUGAUCAUGCUAAUGCCAACAAUGUAGAGACUCAAAAAACUAUUCAAAAGUACCAACUGCAGGUAAGAGAUGUUCAAGCUAAGUUUGAAGAAGAAUCUCAUGCAAAAAUCAUUGCACAAGAUAAUCUAGUUACUGCCGAGAGGAAAGCUAAUGCAAACAAGAAUGCUUUGGAGGAAGCUCGAACUUUACUAGAACAAACUGAUAGAAAUAGAAGGAUGUUGGAACAGGAUACUAGGGAGGGAGAAGAGGUAGGAGGAAGGUGUACUGUAUAUAGGACUAUGGAGGAGGAAGGUGUACUGUAUACAGGACUACGGAGGAGGAAGGCUGAAACAGAUAAAUCUGCAUCACAGUGGUUGAGAGAUCAAUUAACAUCAUGCAUUGAUUUUAAACAAAAAUACAGAGCGUUCAAGUAG